AUGCAGAAAGAGAGAGCUAAUCUUAACUUCGUUAGAAUGCCUAAAGAUGCGCCUGGUACAGAUGUGUCUGCUUCAGAUAAAUAUUUUGUAGAACAGCGAGAGCUGCUUAUUAGGGAGAUCAAUGAAACAAUGGACUCGAUCUUAAAUAAUCUAAAUGGGCUCAAUAUAUCGCUUGAAAAUUCCAUUGCAGUUGGAAAGGAGAUGGAAAGUGUAUCUGAAUUAUGGAAAGUAUUUUACGAUGGUUUGGUUACUGGUAGCGCUCCCAACGGUACUGAUGCUCUAAACUCAUCCCUACAAGAUAUAGAUGUUAAUACUACUCAAGAAGCAGUAGAGGAGGGAAUUGAUAAUGGAGAGAAACAGUCUACCUGA